GUGUGUGGAAUUGGACUGGCUUCAUGGGAUAAAGGUCACAUGUGUCUGAGGUCAGAGGUUUUGUUUAUCAAUUUGAGCUUUUCCAGGGCUUUUCAGAAUCCUACCUUUAUUCCUUCGUCAAAUAACUACCUGAGUCUAUAGCGUUGUGUUCAUCGACGGCAAAGAGUCUGGGCAAGACCGGAUUUCCAUGAGCCACCAAAGCGACCAUGAGGGACAAACCACCUUGAAGUCUCAUGUCACUCUGCCAGCUAAGUGUACCUAGAGCAAAAGUAACUCAGCAGAGUAACACAGCUUCCAAGCGACUGUGGAUGUGCAUCUGUCUUUGCCUCCAUGGACUUUUGAAGAAGCUUGUUCUCAAGGGUGGAAGGCAUUUCUUUCUCUCUAUCUCUCUCCCUCUCCCUCUAUAGCCCCCUCUUUCUCUCAACUUGCCUCACACUCCCUUCACUCCCAGUAGCAUUUUUCUCAAGGAGGACAUGCAGAGAAUGGAAAAGAACAGGACCCCGGACAUGCUCGGACCCCCGUGCAGUGGUGGGCAGGUUGCCGCGGUGACGGGUCCCGAUCAUGGUCUCCUCCGCUGGCGCUGUGUGCAUCGAUGGAUCCCUGCAGCUUACAGAGAGGAACUACAGCAGCUGCUGCGCCUGACUGGGCCCCUGCUGGCAUCUCGGAUCCUGAACUUCCUACUUCCCUUUAUCAAUGCCAUAUUCUGUGGGCACCUGGGAAAUUCAGAGCUGGCUGGCUACGCCUUGGCUUCAGCGACCAUAAAUGUCACCUCAACGGCUGUAGGAUAUGGACUUGCUUUGGCAUGUGACACUUUGGUGUCCCAGACCUUUGGGGGCAAGAACCUAAAGCGUGUUGGGGAGAUCCUGCAAAGGAGCAUCCUCAUUCUGCUGCUCUUCUGCCUGCCCUGCUGGGCUGUGCUUGUUAACACUCAGUCCAUACUGAUCGCUCUGCAGCAGGAGGCUGAGGUGGCCAGGAUUGCACAGCUGUAUGUGAAUGCCUUCCUACCAGCUGUUCCAGCAAUGUUUCUGCAUCAGUUACAAGUGGCUUAUCUUCAGAACCAGGGAAUCACUCUACCCCAGCUGUAUGUGGCAGCGCUGGCCAAUGUCAUCAACAUCUCCGCUAACUACAUCCUCCUCUUUUGGAUGGAAUUGGGAGUGAAGGGGUCGGCAAUAGCAAACAGCCUGUCCCAGAUCUACAGUGCCAUCCUUCUCCUUUUCUAUAUUCGCUGGAAGAAGCUGCAUGUGAAAACAUGGGGAGGGUGGUCUCUAGCGUCGCUACAGGAGUGGGGCUCCUACAUGCAGCUGGCCAUCCCGAGCACACUGAUGCUCUGCUUUGAGUGGUGGAUAUAUGAGAUUGGCGGCUUCCUGGCAGGCAUGCUGGGGGAGGUGGACUUGGCAGCCCAGCAUGUGCUCCUGGAGCUGGGGGCCAUAACCUACAUGUUCCCGCUGGGCAUUCACGCAGCUGCCUGCGUGCGCGUGGGGAAUGCGCUGGGAGCCGGGGACACGGCCAGCGCCCUCACCACCAGCAAGGUGUCUCUUGUGCUCUCAGGUGUACUAGCGGUGUUUCAGGGUAUCGUACUUGGCUCAACAAAGACUGUGGUUGGAUUCAUCUUCACCAGUGAUGUAAACAUUGUGAAGGAGGUCUCCCGCACGCUGAACGUGUACAUCUUCCUGCAGUUUUUCGAUGCGCUCGUGUGCGUCAGUUCCGGAAUUCUCCUAGGGGCUGGCAAGCAGAAGAUUGCUGCUGUUGCCAACCUCAUCUGUUACUACACCGUUGGGGUACCCACAGGCAUCUCCCUGAUGUUCGCUGCCAAGCUGAGGAUAUCUGGGCUGUGGCUGGGCCUUCUCAUAUGUGUUGUCAUACAGGCUUUCUUCUUCAUCACCCUCAUCUUCAAGAUGAACUGGAUUCGAGUGACCGAAGAGGCCCAAAAGCGUGCUGCGAAGGGCGGAAGAAUCACAUGCGUGGGCCCAAGGCCACCCAUUGGAGGAGAGCCUGUGAUUGACACACUGGUCCCAGAGAACUCGGAUGGUCCAAAGGAACCGGUCGAGACGGUGCUGCUGUCGACAGAAAAUGAGGACGGUAAGACCAGGGACUACCCCUUCAGUUGCAACAAGGAGCAACACAAAGAGCCCCAAGCAGAUCCAGAGGCCCCCAGGGACCCCAAGCCACCCCUUUCUAUUCCCCAGCUCUUACUGAGGAGAGGCAUGGCCCUGCUGGCAGCUAUCCUCACCCUGGCCGCGGGCAUCAUAGCCCACUUUACCUUCCCUCCACCUGAUCUAAGGAACACAGGAAACAAUUAUACCCUGGUCUGGGGAAAUUUCUCAACUUCCACCCUGACGCCACUCAUCAACACAACCCGGCCUGCAUGAGGUCACGGGUUCGAGAACUUGGGGUCAGAACUCCUGCCUUACCCCUUGGACCUCUUCAUAUUGGUAUCCUCUGUGGCCGAAAUGGGGACUGUCUAGCAGUUCAGAAUUCGGAGCCAAAGUCUGUUGUUGAUGCUAAUUUUCUUCAUAUCAUUUCAGUUUAGAGCACUAAAGUCAUCAUAAAAUAUGCAUCUUAUUCUUACAAUGUUUCGGGAUUUUGAAAAAUACUUAGUUUUAA